GCAGUUUAGGAUUGUCCUUUUCUUACUGUAGACAUUUUCAAUCUCUAAACGAGGUUAAUGACUGUGGUUGGUAAUGCAUGGUAUAUGUAGACCGAAUAAUAUAAAAAUUGACGUCUGCUGAAAAGAAAUGUAACAAAAGACUGCCGAAGGAUUAAACUGAACUUGUUUUGCAUACGUUUUAUAAAUCGCAAGCGAAAAAGAAACUUCUGGAACCAAUAUGUCCUCGCAAUCCAGAAACUUCUCUGCUAUAACGAGAUCUGGAAAGAAACCUAAUCAGGUAGUAGCCAAUCUUGACGAAAACUCCGACGAAGAUCUUUCAAAGACACGAACAAAUCCACAUAGAAAUAGACAUAACUUGUCUAGUGGGGAAACAAGACGCCUGGUGUAUUCUCCAGUAAAAAAGUCGCAGAAGAAUCAUAGUUCUGCAGAGUUGAACUGUAAAAAUGAGUCGUCUUUGCCAGAAUCCCACUAUGCUAUCGUUUGUGAAUGCAACAUUUCAAAUUCAAAUAAUAUUGAAGCGAGCAGCGAACAGUCAAGUGCAAGCCCCUGGAGACGAAUAACAGGAAACGCCAAAUCUUUGAACGAGCGGAGCAUAAACAUUGAGAAGCAUCCAAUGAUCAAUUCAAACUCUUUGUGCAGAGGCGUCCUCUACGAUGGGUCCCUCCGCGGUAAAAUGGAGCUCCAAACGCAAAGCAGCAAUUUCAACAACAACAGCAUCGAAGAUAAAGACUACGUGGCUGUGAAGAUCUCGAGCUGGGGCAACGCGAAAGAAACAAAGCUGGGACGCAAAGGAGGCAAAAAGGGCAAGAAAGGAAAAAAAGGGAAACCACCCGCUUCUAACACCGCGACUAAAGAAGCAGACGAAGGUGAAGGUCAAGCAACAACAGGCGAACAGGAGAGAAAAAAGUCAGGGAGUGGCAAGAAAAAAUCCAAAAAGUCAAAAAAGAAGCUAAAGCUCAUUCAGAAAGGACGUUUUGUUAAGCAUUCAAUCGUGGAUUUGGGGGAAACGAAAAGCAGAUUUGAACUGAAAGAGUCAAUCAAAGUUAUUCACAAGGAAAUCAUCAGAAUUUUUGACGUCCUUGACUUUGAACGUGCGGGGAAAAUUCACAUUGGUCAGGUCAGAGUGGCAGUGCGAGCCCUUGGUUUUUACCCAACAGAGAAGGAGUUGACAGAGAUUGAAGAUAAGAUGGUGGAGUGUCAGAUGGAGGUGGAGGAUUUGAUGAUCAGUCUGCAAACCUUCAUUGACGUCAUGACGCACGUCACCUUGGCCAACUCCUACCGGCCUGCGAGUGAGAGCGAGCUUUUGUUGGCCUUUAAAACCCUGGACACCAACCAACACGGUACUUUCAGUGAAGCCGAGCUCAGAGAGGCCUUGAUGCACGAAGGAGAGCCCCUGACGGAAGCGGAGUUGAAAUGGAUGCUAGAUGCUGGCCUUGAUGGUGACGAGGUGUUAUUCAACUAUGAACAAUACGUCCAGCUGAUGUCCAGGACCCGCGCCUUAUUACCUUACUAGUGCCCAUCAGAGGCGUAGUGAAUUCAUUGGUGUUCAUCUUUAUGUUAUAAUAACGUCAGUGGUGGCGCAAGUGGCGGGCGAAAACGUGAUAAAGCAGGGCCGGCCUUAUUCAUAGGCAAAGUAGGCAGCCGCUUUGGGCCUCUGAUUGGUGGGGGAUUUGCACAGGACUUCAAAGAAUUGUUUUAGAGAAGAAAUAGCGAACCUUAUGUCCAAUGUUUUUGUUGGAGUACACUAGACUGACUAGGUUUUUUAAAUAAAUUGUGUAAUUUUACUUUUUUCGCUGUUUAUGUUUUAGUUUUCUAUUUCAUUUGGGGUCACCAAAGUCACUUUGCCUAGGGUCUCCAAUCAUCUAAGGCCGGCCCUGCAUAAAGUGUUAUAUUAUGUCAAUCUAUGUACCUCCUUCAUUUUGUUUACUUCCUAUCCCUCUUCUCUCUCUCUCUCUCUCUCUCUCUUUCUCUCUCUCUCUCUAUCUCUCUCUCUUACACACACAAGCACUCACUCCUCAGUUUUAUGUCACUCCCAACUUCCCAAGUUGAAUCCGGUGUGGAGUAAAUAUUUACAAAUGACAGACAGAGAGACAGACUAGCUGAACGUUGACUAUUAAUGAUGCGACACUAAAUGUUUUUUUAAGACAAAUGUCUGCUUGUCUCUAGCGACAAUGUUAGCAGUUAAUUGUUGUGAAUGGAUCCGAAAUAAUAAUAAUGAUAAUUGAAUUCAUAAAGCGAUUUUAACAAACAGAUUGUAGGCUCAAGACGCUAUAUUGGCAAAACGUAUACAAAUGACAGAGAUGUUGAUGUUGAUGAGAUGUUGAAAGGAUGUUGAUGUUGAUGAGAUGUUGAAAGCAUGUUGAUGUUGAUGAGAUGUUGAAAGGAUGUUGAUGUUGAUGAGAUGUUGAAAGCAUGUUGAUGUUGAUGAGAUGUUGAAAGGAUGUUGAUGUUGAUGAGAGGUUGAAAGGAUGUUGAUGUUGAUAAGAUGUUGAAAUGAUGUUGAUGUUGAUAAGAUGUCGAAAGGAUGUUGAUGUUGAUGAGAGGUUGAAAUGAUAACUUAAAAAUGUAUUGUCUAAUUCAUUUCCAUAAGCUAACAUCACAAUCACGUUUUACUGUUUGGACAUAUUCAAAUGUGAAGUUCUCGUGGUAAAGUCACCACUUUUAAUGACACAUUAACCACAUUUUGAUCAGAUUAUUUCUCGCAGGCAAUCUAUUUGAGGACCGGGGAUGGUGGUAAACCGAAGACACUAUUGUCAACGACUUGUUUUUGUUUUUCACAACUGUUAAACUGAUUCAACUUUAAAUAUAUAGAAGGAAGUGUGUUCAGUACAUAACUACUUCGUACGUUAAUAUUCGGAAGCACCCAGGAUAAUGCUCAGGGUGUUAUUUUCACAAUCCCACGGUAACUCAAUGGCAUAGCUGGCUCGUACUCUCUAAUGGCACAGGAAUGACAUCCUUUUUAUUUGUUCAAGUUUUAUACUGUGAUAUUUUUUUAUUCUCGCCAUACACAAAGAGCUCUUUUGAAUACUUUUUUAUAUUCUGAUUUUACAGUUAUAUGUUAUAGUUAGAGUGUUAACGAAUAUAUAAAUAAAUUGAUUUAUAAGACAUGGUA